GGAGAGGAGGGCAGCAGAGGCGGCGGGAGCGCCGGGUGCCGGGCCGGGGGAGCCGCGGGCUCUCGGGAAGACGCGGAUGAUGAACAAGCUGUACAUCGGGAACCAGCCCGCCGUCACCGCCGACGACCUCCGGCAGCUCUUCGGGGACAGGAAGCUGCCCCUGGCGGGACAGGUCCUGCUCAAGUCCGGCUACGCCUUCGUGGACUACCCCGACCAGAACUGGGCCAUCCGCGCCAUCGAGACCCUCUCGGGUAAAGUGGAAUUGCAUGGGAAAAUCAUGGAAGUUGAUUACUCAGUCUCUAAAAAGCUAAGAGGCAGGAGGAUCUCUGUGAAAAACCUUAAGCCAAACCUUAAGUAUGAGGUAUUGGAUGGACUGUUGGCUGAGUGUGGGACAGUGGAGAAUGUGGAACAAGUCAAUACAGAUACAGAAACUGCUGUUGUCAACGUCACCUAUGCAGCCAGAGAGGAAGCAAAGAUAGCCAUUGAGAAUCUGAGUGGGCAUCAGUUUGAGAACUACUCCUUCAAGAUUUCCUACAUCCCCGAUGAAGAGGUGAGCUCUCCUUCACCCCCUCAGCGAGUCCAGCGUGGGGACCACUCCUCCCGGGAACAAGGCCACAGCCCCGGGAGCUCUUCUCAGGCCAGACAAAUUGAUUUCCCGCUGCGUAUCCUGGUCCCCACCCAGUUUGUUGAUGCCAUCAUCGGAAAGGAGGGCUUGACCAUAAAGAACAUCACUAAACAGACCCAGUCCCGGGUAGACAUCCACAGAAAGGAGAACUCUGGGGCUGCAGAGAAGCCUGUCACCAUCCAUGCCACCCCAGAAGGGACAUCUGAAGCGUGCCGCAUGAUUCUUGAAAUUAUGCAGAAAGAGGCUGAUGAGACCAAACUAGCUGAGGAGGUGCCUCUGAAAAUCUUGGCCCACAAUGGCUUGGUUGGAAGACUGAUUGGCAAAGAAGGCAGAAAUUUGAAGAAAAUUGAACAUGACACAGGGACCAAGAUCACCAUCUCAUCCUUGCAGGAUUUGAGCAUCUAUAACCCUGAGAGAACCAUCACGGUGAAGGGCGCCAUUGAUGCAUGCGCCAAUGCUGAGAUAGAGAUCAUGAAGAAGCUGCGAGAGGCCUUCGAAAACGAUAUGCUGGUCGUUAAUCAACAAGCCAAUCUAAUCCCAGGGUUGAACCUCAGUGCACUUGGCAUCUUUUCAACAGGACUGUCCGUGCUUCCUCCACCAGCAGGGCCCCGUGGGGUCCCCCCCAGUGCCCCCUACCACCCCUUCGCUGUAAGUAGCUCGGUGUCCCGAGGCUCCCUCAGGCUGGGCACCUCCAGGCAGCACAGCUACUCUGCCAUGUUGAGUAAGGGCAAAAGCGUUUAUUUGCAUUCUGGCUUCGUGGGUGAUUAUUAUUCGAGUGAAAGCUUUUCCAGUGGGAGAUUGACACUGAUCCAAGCUCUGAACGUGUGCUCUCAAACAUGGUAAGUGUCAUGCCACAGAGAAAAAGAGCCGCACCCCGAUUCAUUCACUCGAGGUCCAUUUUAUAAAAAUAAAAGUUGUUGGUCUGGCAGUGGUGGUGCACACCUUUAAUC